UCAUCAUCAUCAUCAUCACCUUCAUCUUCAUCAUUAUCAUCUUCUUCUUUUUCUUCUUCUUCUUCUUCAACUCGUGACUUUCUCGUUUCAUCUGAUACUUCACCGCUUCUCUCACUCUCUUCGGCUGCUUCUCUUUCGACCUCUUCUAACCUCUCUCCCUCUUUCAAUUUGCCAGCGCCUUUGCACUCUUCUCCAACACUCUACUCGGCCAGCGAUAGACAAACGACAGACAUUUCAACUAGCAGUGCUUUUGCCAAUGUUGGUAGUGCCACAACCAGGGCAACACCAAUUGCAGCCACGCCAACAACCGUUUCACUGGCUUCAGAUGGCGAAACCCACAUUUCUGAGCUCUUUCUCACUUCCGAGCCGUCAAUUGAGCCAGGCCAUGGCGAACAGAAAACAACUGACAGUCUUCAGGAGCCCACGACAAAAUGGCCGCAAGAAGGCUCGCCAGGCAUCAGAGUCAAGGGCCAUAGUAACAAAGAAGUACCAAACAAGCAGCUUCACAAGACGGUGAUUUGUCAACCCUGCUCGCCGAUGUGUCAACCGGGCGCCGCAGCCUGUACCGGUCCCGGCGACGACCAGUGUCUGAGAGGCUGUCGAUUCGCCCGAGUAAGAGAUUCCAGAAAGUUGGCUGUAUUAAGCCGCAUAACCCGAUAA